AUGGCGUUCAUGUAUCCAUUUCAUGCACCAGUAUUGCCAAUGAAGUGGGAUGAUCCAGUAUGGGUACAAGAGGUUUUUCCCGCAAUGGAGCACGUACUGUUGGCGACUAUUGAGCAAAAAAGAACGAAUCAGGUACGACAGGUUGAAGAUUACAUAAUUGUGUCACUAUAUUUGCGUCUAAAGCAUAUAUGCCUUGGUUAUUUAUUGAUUUCUUAG